UCAGCGAAUGUGUGUGUGUGUGUGUAGCCUUUGUAUGUGUGUGUGUGUGUGUGUUUGUUCGGUCAUUGUGAUCCCCGGAGAUCUCCAAGCUGAAGUAACUCGGUAAUUUGUGGGAGAACGGGAGAUUCCUGCGCUCACCGAGUGGAUCAUGGUGAUGACGUCAGGCGACGGCGGUGGCGGCGGGUCUGCGUGCACCGGGACAGGUGUGUUACCUGUGGCUGCAUACUGCUGGAUCUCCAACAUGCCCAUUAAAAUGAACUGCAUUUCCUGAAUGCGUUUUUAAUAUGAUUACCUAUUUAUUUGCGGCUACUGACGCCUUCGACUUUUAGUCUAUUGAUUGAUCGCGAGCAGUUCGUGACGCUUUGCAAACGCGUGAAGACACGCAAAAAAAAACCACUCCCUGAGCACUGGAUGUCAAGCGCGCUUUUGGAGAGGAGAAAAUCACGUUUAUUCGGUGUGACGCAUCACCGGGACCGGACUGCAGCAUGUGCGAGACGGUGAUGGCCGUUUCUCAGCUGGACACCGAGUCCCACGCACCGGAGAACGGAUUUGUGACCCCCGAAACUAGUAAAUCUCCGGGGCUGCUCUCGCAGACUGACGGCGGCGUUUUACCGAGUGUGGGUGGAUUUGGGAAGUAUCAGAAACAGCUGAUCGUUUUAACGUGGAUCCCGGCCAUUUUUAUAGGCUUCAGCCAGUUUUCUGACAAUUUUCUCCUGACUAAUCCGUGUCCUGAGCCGCAUAAUAACAGCAGCCAGCUCCUGACUGUUGCUCCGACCGCCGUUAGCACCGUGUUUACCGGUGUAAAUACCGAGGCGGCAUCGCAAUGCAACUGCACGCCGUCCAGCUAUAAACUGCAAAACGGAUUAGAGCAAAAUAUUGUCACCAAGUGGAACCUGGUCUGUGACUCUGCCUGGAAAAUUCACAUCGCCAAGUUUUCUCUGUUGGUGGGCUCCAUCUUUGGAUAUUUGGUGUUGGGAGUUCUGGCAGAUUGGUUUGGCAGGCACCCGGUCUUGAUCCUAUCGGUGGUUUUCCUGCUAGUUUUCGGCAUGACGGUGGCUUUCUCUGUCAACCUCCCGAUGUUCGGCACACUGCGCUUCUUUGAGGGAUUUUGCUUGGCUGGAAUCACAUUGUCUCUCUAUGUACUGAGGAUCGAGCUCUGUCUGCCAGGAUGGCGUUUCUCCAUCACUAUGGUGGCCAACUUCAUGAUGCUGGCCGGUCAGCUGCUCAUGCCUGGACUGGCAGCUCUGUGCCGUGAUUGGCAGAUUUUGCAGGCAGUGAUAGUCUGCCCUCUAUUACUCAUGCUGUCCUACAUCUGGGCUUUUCCCGAGUCUCUGCGAUGGCUGCUGGCGACUCAACAGUACAGUCGAUCCAAAUGGAUCAUGGAGCGAAUCUCCAAGAAAAACAACAUAAACCUGCAGGAGGACGCGGAGGAGCUCAUGACAGAGCUAAACGGAGCCCUGCAGAAACAGCCCAAGAAGACCUGCAUUGUGAAGAUGGUUGGCACCAGGAACCUGUGGAAGAAUAUAGUAGUGCUCUGCGUCAACUCGUUAACAGGUUACGGCAUACACCACUGCUUUGCACGCAGUAUGAUGGAAAAGAAGACUGUUGGCUUUGUGGAAAAGCUCCAUGAUUUUUAUGCGGAGUACUACGUGAUGGCGGUCAUCGCGGUGGCGUCGUGUGUGUUUCUGUGUCCCGCUGUGGCGCUGAUGGGACGGCGUGGAGGACUGCUAAUGUUCAUGAUCAUCACUGCGCUAGCAUCUCUGCUUCAGCUUGGACUACUAAACUUGUUGGGGAAGUACGGAGAUCAUCUGAGUCUUGUACACUCUGAUGAGCUGAACGACAAAUUUUCCGUGGCUUUCUCCAUCAUUGGCAUGUUCUCCUCCCACGCCGUCAGCAACCUAAGCAUCUUCUUUUGUGCUGAAAUCACUCCUUCGGUUAUUAGGGGUGGUGGACUGGGCCUGGUGUUGGCCAGUGCUGGUUUUGGCAUGCUGACAUCCCCAAUCAUGGAGCUCCAUAACCAGAAAGGCUAUUUCCUGCAUCACAUCAUUUUCGCCUGCUGCACUCUGAUCUGCAUCAUCUGCAUCCUGCUCUUGCCGGAAACCAGAAAUCAACCGCUACCGGAAACACUGUCAGAUGGAGAAAGCUACACUCGGCAACCGUUACUCCCACCUCGAAAGCCAGGAGAGCAGCGUCUUCUGCUGACCAAAUCUGAGAGUCGGGAAUACGCAAGAGUUGGAGAUACUCCUCUCCACGAAGCGGCGGCCACUGUGGUUUCCACUAUGGACUCCACUGCUUCAUCUGCCGUCGAUAUACACAUGCUUAUAGACGCCCCCAUCCAGCAAGAACCGGCUCAGGUGCAACUGCUAAGCAUGGAGACUUUGACUUCAUCCCAAGGGCAAGACGAACUCAAGCAAAGCGUUGAAGAGCAUCCCAAAUCUGUUCUCGGCACCAUCCCCAACACCUCCACACCACUCGCUGUUAACUCCAUCCCCAAAUCUAAGCGACCAGAAUCUCCACCUCAUGACGUCUUGGCUGUUUUGUCUUCUGCAGUUGAGGACGCUUCGUUGAUCAUCCAUCCUGUUCCCACAGGACUUCCUUCGAUUCUAGACUCGGUCGUUCCUCCUGCUGCUGUAGGAUCUCCAUUGGAAGUUGGUAAUGAAGUAGACUCUAUAGAGUCCAAGCGACCAGAAUCUCCACCUGAUGACGUCCUAGCUGUUUUGUCUUCUCCAAUUGAGGACACUUCGUUGACCAUCCAUCCGGUUCCUUCUGAACUUCCUUCGACUCUGGACACAGUCAUUCCUGCAACAGUAGGAUCUCCAUUGGAAGUAAAUAACGAAGAAGACUCUACUGAUUCAGUUUCACCCCCUAUAGACCUUCCCCUCUGCGCAUUGACCCAGUCCAACAACCCAUCAUCAAUUGGACAAUCGCCAAAUCUUUUAAAUGACAUCCCUCCCUCUUCCUCAAUAGACUCCCACACUCAUCCAGUGUCCGAAAUCUUACCCCCUUCCCCAACUGAACUCUCAAUGCUAGACCCGUCUAGUCAAAUGAACGCAGCUCCACCCAUAGAUUCUGGCACCCCAUUGUUACAGUUAGACGCUCCUCCUGAGCUGAACUCUAUUGAAUCUGCUCCACCUUCAUUAAGUAAUGGUAGUACUAGUCUCCUUGCAGCUCACGCCACAAGCACUGACUCUGACUCUGUUACAGAAUCCGGCAACCCGCUCAUGGUGAACUCCACCGUUUCCUCACCUAUUGACUCAGGUUUACCUUCGGACGUUGAUAUACCGAAUACUGCCAAUGGGGGAACGUCUUCAUGACGGAAACAUUGUUGGUGCACAGGCAUACUUGCUAUUCCGACUGCGUGAUAUCAAAAUUAAAGGGAUUGUACACGCAAGAAUUCAAUUUCUCUCAUUGAUUACGCACUCGAAUGUCAUUCCAAACCUGAGAUCUUCAUUCAUAUUUGAAUUGAAUUGGGUUGAAGAUGUUUUCAAUCAGGGGUGCCCCUUCCCUGUUUCUAAAAACUGAUUGAAUGUUUCAGGACCCUUGCUGUCUUUGGAGGGUCGGAGAGCUCCAGGAUUUCAUCUAAAAUGGCUUAAUUUGCAUUUCUAAAGACGAACCCAGAUUUUAUUGAUUUGGAUCAGCAUGAGGGUGCAUAAUGAAUGAUAAUUAUUGUCAUUUUUGUGUGAACUAACCCUUUAAAAGGGAAUUGGGGGGGCUCACGUCAGUCAUUAUUAGUGGUAUUUUUCGUUCCUGCAGCCAUGACGCAUUAUGGCGAAGCAAGGAAAAGCUAUGAAAGGAUUCGACUGAAAGGGAACAACCAUAAACAGGAGCGUCUGUGAACUCAAACAGCCUUCUUACUUACUGUGGUGCCAGUAUCUGCUUCUUUUUUUGGGGGCAGCUAGAUCUUAAAAAUCAUCAACGGUGGCGACUUCCCACUCGCGUUACUCUGGAAGUCUGUGUGAUCUAGUGAUUAGCUUGCUCAGAUCUGCUUGUCUGAUUAGUAAUUAACAGCUAGAUUGGUCAGAUGUGAUUGUUAAUUUUCUCUGAAUCCUGUGAUCAAGUCUAAAAACGAAAACGACAUCUGUGAAGUCAAGCGUCAAAGGGAAUCUCUCUCUCUCUCUCUCGAAAUAAUAAACUGUACAUUUUAUUCUGGGAAUGUUUGCCGAUGUGUCUUGAUGCCGCUAUAAAUUAGGUGUCAAAUAAACACUUAAUUUCUGUAUUCAUAAUGUAUGAAAAAAAGAAAAACCACAGAAAACAUCGAUAUUCCUGUGAAGUACUACACAAGUGCUGCUCGAGCUGGUAUUUGUGUGGUAUGUUUUUUUAAGCUAAUCACUAGAUUCCUUAAGGAAAAAAUGAUAGUUUGAGGAAUACAGAUGAUACUCUGUUGUUGUGUAACACUGUCUAUGUGACCCACAAUACCAACACAGGCUUAUGGUGGAUACGUACCCCUGUUUAUAUUUCUGGAGAACGCUAAUUAUGUAGUCAGAGGUACGUCUGGCUGCAGUUUGUCUUUAAAAUGAACUCUACGGGGUAUUAUGACAAUGCCAACAGCUUCGGUUCCUUUCUGCAUUACUAGCUGACCAAUUAAUUCUGUACAGAUGGCUAUAUCGAUGUUACCAGUUUGCGCAGUGGCUCGCCUUGUAUAUCGGCAGACUUGAGUUGAAGGCGAAAACAUGGUUCAAGUCUGGCAAAGAACGGUUCCAGAAACCAGGUAAACAAGUAUUAAAUAAACCACAGGCUCGGAAAUGUGGUGAAAUCACACAGCGACGACUGCUUUUCUUUUUCUAGAUUGCGUUUGAAAACACUAU